GACCCGGCGACGUCGGAGGCUCUACUACCCGCCUAGGUGGCAGCCCCCAUCUCUGCGCUGCUGACGCGCCUGCCCCCCACCCCCAUCCCUCUGGCUCACGUUUCCGCCCCCAGUCCUGCUUGGUGGUGCAGCGGCAGCGCAGGCAACCAGAGCCCAGGAGAGCAGGUGGUGGCCCCAGGAAGAAAAGGAGUUGGCAAGUGGAGACCACCAGGAAAUCAUUGACUGAAGUUUGUGCUCCUAAGAUGAGGGGUCUCUGAAGCUGACAAGUGUUACUCUGUGUGGCACCUCUGGGGAGCAAGAGGAAGAAGAGAUCUGCACCUCUGCUACUUGAGAUCAAGGGCCACCAAGAUGCCUAUCCUGGAAAAAAUCCCCCAUAAGAUGGCUGAAAAAACUUCCAACAGUGAGGAGGAAACUGAGCUGCCCAAAUUGCCAGUGCCCCCACUGCAGCAGACACUGGCCACCUACCUGCAGUGCAUGCAGCACCUUGUCCCUGAGGAGCAGUUCAGAAAGAGCCAGGCCAUUGUGCAGCGGUUUGGGGCCCCUGGUGGCCUUGGUGAGACCCUGCAACAGAAACUCUUAGAGCGACAGGAGAAAACAGCCAACUGGGUGUCUGAGUUCUGGCUCAAUGACAUGUAUCUCAAUAACCGCCUGGCUCUGCCAGUCAACUCCAGCCCAGCUGUCAUAUUUGCUCAGCAGCACUUUCAAGACACCAACGACCAGCUAAGGUUCGCAGCCAGCCUCAUCUCUGGUGUACUCAGCUACAAGACCCUGCUGGACAGCCACUCCAUCCCCACUGACAGUGCCAGAGGCCAGCUUUCAGGGCAGCCCCUCUGUAUGAAGCAGUACUAUGGGCUCUUCUCUUCCUACCGGCUCCCUGGUCACACCCAGGACACACUGGUGGCCCAGAAAAGCAGCAUCAUGCCUGAACCUGAACAUGUCAUUGUGGCCUGUUGCAACCAGUUCUUUGUCUUGGAUGUUGUCAUUAAUUUCCGCCGUCUCAGUGAGGGGGAUCUGUUCACUCAGUUGAGAAAGAUAGUCAAAAUGGCUUCCAACGAGGAUGAACGCUUACCUCCAAUCGGCCUGCUGACGUCAGACGGGAGGAGCGAGUGGGCUGAGGCCAGGACGGUCCUCGUGAAAGACUCUACCAACCGGGACUCACUGGACAUGAUCGAGCGCUGCAUCUGCCUGGUGUGCCUGGAUGCCCCAAGUGGUGGGGAGCUCAGUGACACCAACAGGGCACUCCAGCUCCUUCAUGGCGGAGGCUGCAGCAAGAAUGGGGCCAACCGCUGGUAUGACAAGUCCCUGCAGUUUGUCGUGGGCCGAGAUGGCACCUGCGGCGUGGUGUGUGAACACUCACCGUUUGAUGGCAUCGUCCUGGUGCAGUGCACGGAGCAUCUGCUCAAGCACAUGAUGAAGAACAACAAGAAACUGGUUCGAGCAGACUCUGUAAGUGAGCUCCCAGCUCCCAGGAGGCUAAGGUGGAAAUGUUCUCCAGAAAUUCAAGGCCACCUAGCCUCCUCAGCUGAAAAACUUCAACGAAUAGUAAAGAAUCUUGACUUUAUUGUCUAUAAGUUUGACAACUAUGGGAAAACAUUCAUUAAGAAGCAGAAAUGCAGUCCUGAUGCCUUCAUCCAGGUGGCCCUACAGCUGGCCUUCUACAGGCUCCACCAGAGACUGGUACCCACCUAUGAGAGUGCAUCCAUUCGCCGAUUCCGGGAGGGGCGCGUAGACAACAUCAGAUCAGCCACUCCACAGGCAUUGACUUUUGUGAGAGCCAUGACUGACCACAAGGCUGCCAUUCCAGCUUCCGAGAAACUACUGCUUUUGAAGGAUGCCAUCCGAGCCCAGACCGAGUACACAGUCAUGGCCAUAACAGGAAUGGCCAUCGACAACCACCUGCUAGCACUGCGGGAGCUGGCCAGGGAUCUGUGCAAGGAGCCACCUGAGAUGUUUACAGAUGAAACAUAUCUCAUGAGCAACCGAUUUGUCCUCUCCACCAGCCAGGUGCCCACAACCAUGGAAAUGUUUUGCUGCUAUGGUCCUGUAGUCCCCAAUGGCUACGGUGCCUGCUACAACCCCCAGCCUGAGACCAUCCUCUUCUGCAUCUCCAGUUUUCACAACUGCAAGGAAACCUCUUCUACAAAGUUUGCAAAAGCUGUGGGAGCAAGCCUUACCGACAUGAGAGACCUCUGCAGUCCGCUGCAGCCAGCUGACAGCAAGUCAUUGGCGAAGAAGGAAGAAGCCAUGAGGCCCAGCCAGGGGCACCGACCUUGAUUCCCACCACUGGGUUUCAGCUUCUUGAUCCCACCCAUCUGAGACUGCCAGACGCUGCCAAAUCCCUGCUCCCAUCUCUCACCCCAGCUUUAUUUAGCUCCUCUGUCCUCAGGACCCAACCCACAGGUCACCUAGUGGCAUCACACAAGGUGGCAGUGGUUAGUAAGAAAGGGUCCCUCAUUACACGUGGGAAUUUUCACUAUUUAUCAAGGUGCCCCCUGUCUGUGUGCUGGGAAGGGAAAACAGCCUGAUUUGGAGGUGACCUGGAUGAGGUGGGGGAUCCACAUCAAGGUCUUCCCUUCAUAGUCCUCAGAAGCUUAAUGUUCAUGUUUCUCUCCCCAGCAGGACCUAGCAUGUCCAGGUAAUGUUUCUGCCCAUUGAAAGAAUGAAUCACUCAAUUACAUGCGGUGUACCCAAAUGAAUCAAGAAGGCAGAGGCUAGCUCUGGGUCAUCACCUCUUUUCUUUUGGCGAGGAACAGGAGACUUUGUUUUCAGAUUCAGAGCAUCUGAUCUUGGCAUUCACAGCAUCUCCACUGAGCCAUACAGUCUUGCAAGCCCGUGCUGUACCCUGUACACACACACACACCCACACACACACACACACACACACAGCCCAAGUUCAAUUAAAUACAGUGAUCUGUGUCCCAAACACAUUUCUCCUUUCACCCCUGGGGGAAAAUCACUCUGACAUUAAUUUGAGAAAAUGACCUCAGUGGCUCAAGCAAGACACCCUUAAGUGACUGGGCUUCUUUAUUUGGAAGAUGCCCUCCAGGGAUUCUGUAGGAGCUCAACACAAGGCUCUCCUCUGGCCUCCAGGACUGAGGGUACAGGGGACAGAAAGCCAGACAGGGAAGCAAGGUUAAGAUUGUCCUGAGGGGCUAUGACUGUAAAGGAGGUGUGAGAGGCACUUAAUGUUGGGCACAUGUUUUUUAAUUUUAAUAUUAGCAGAUCUAGCACCUCAAGCAUUUCUCUUGUCUUUGUGGUACAAACAUUCAAAAUCCUCUCUUCUGGUUAUUUUGAAAUGUACCACACAGCGCUAUUGAUUCUAGUCACCUUCCUGUGCAACAGAACACCAGAACUCACCCCUCCUGUCUAACUGUAACCUUGUACCUGUUGACUGGCCUCUGCCCUUUCCCCUCUCACCCUCCUCUGUGUCUAGGAAUCGUCAUUCUACUCUCAGUUUCUAUGAACCAGAUCAAUUUUUUUAUGGGAAAUCUAAAUGGCAGGGGAAGCGGAAUGACAAAGCAAAAUAUCUAAAGUGCAGGGAGCAGGUAGAGCCCAUCCUCUGCUAUGCUGCUCUGCCCUCCUUGUGGGGUUCCUAGAAAAGCCCCCUCCCCAAUCCUGGUGAGCUCUGUCAUUCUAAGUGCUCCACUCUGACCCAAGGAUACUGCAAGAGUCCCUUCUCUGGGCCCCUGUGAAAACUGUCCGCACCUUGCUCUGACUUGGCACAGGUGGACUGAGUAAACUAGGGCAGGCAUUUGACCUUGCUAUUUGAGAACACAAGCAGCCCAAAGGAGAGAAAUCCCUGAGACCCUGGUUUUAGGGGGAGGCUCUCUGUUGGAUGGUGUGGGAGAUUUGGCCACUGGCUUCUAACAUGCAAACUUAAGUCACUGGUCUGUAGACCCCUGUGGCUUCCCUCUGAUGCCUACCUUCCAGUUCCCCUUGGCAACUUGCAGCCCAAAGACUCUGGAGGUUUCUGGGGACCUACAGUCUACCUUCUGAAGGUCAGCCACCUAUCUGAUCUCGUUCAGUGACCCCAGUGCCAGAUCUGAGUUCUCCCUGGUUUCCCUCAGUGGAUUUUUGUGGAGACAAAAAGCUCUGGCGUUUUAUCAGGCAGCCCCACUGAGCAUGGCCAAGAGACUUAAAUGCCCAGAGACUCAAUUCCCUCCAUUGUCAAAUGAGGACAACAGUCUCCCCACCUUGCCAGGCUAUGAGGGCUGGAGACCAUGUGUGUAAAGGUCUUGGGUGGCAGGUGGGCAGUAAUGCCCACCUUCGGGAUGACUUUCCCCAGCAGGCACUGUUUGAGCAAUUUUCUUUUAAACUAUUCACACUGUUCUGACAGAACCAAGCUCAAAUCUGCUAUUCUCUGAACAUAGGGAAAGAGAACUCACUCUGUUUAUUCAGAUAUUAAACCAUUCACUGUGAGGGCUUUGAGAAUCAUGGAUGACAGACCCUGGCUGGAGGGAACACCUCUCCUCUCUGAGGAAGGGGCUGGAAGCUGGUCUUCCCCCUCCAAGAACAGAUGGGUCCACUGUCUUUAUGCAAAGGCACCACUGAGCCAUGGCCAUGGGCUUUUCUGUGGGGACUCUGGGAAAGGAGAUUGUUCCAUGUGUCCCCAAAGAGAUGAAAAAAUGAGACAGUCAUUUGGAACAGUGAUACAUAAUAAAUGUGGCCACCUUACAAUACUGCUAAGUUGCCAAAAUAUAUAAAGUUAAUAUUUAAGUUCUAUUUUUAUAAAAUAGUUCUAGAUUUAUGGCAAUAUGUACAUGUGUAUUUAUAGCCUUUCCAUCUUAAUUUAUAGUUUUGUGCUUUAAAGAAAUAUAUGUAUGAUUAAAGAACUGUAUAUUGAAAGCAUUCUAUUCAACUUAUU